CUCCCUCUCUCCAGGCUGCCUGCCUACUGUGAAUUUCCACAACAUCUCUCUCCGGCUGGACAUUCCGCUGGGUGCACUGGAACCAUGAGGGUGUCGAUCAUUGCGCGUCAGGUCCUGGUGCAGGCCUCUCUUCUGAUUAUUGCCUCCGCUAUACCCGCUCCAACUGCUUUCCCCAGUACCAACAGCAACAACAAUGAUCUCGCCCCGCCAGACCCAGCCAUUACCCCUUCACCCGUCGAGCGGUACCCUUCGCCGGUGGUUCCAGUUGCCCGCCGAAACAUUUUGAGUGAUGUUGAUUCGGAUAUCCACAGUGUGCUCUCAGGGCUUGGGUCGGAUCUACCCUCGUGGGUCGCAUCGGGAGUGCCCAACUUCUUCCAGGGAUUUCCCACCGGGGAUGCAGUUGUCAGUUCCCUCGGCCUGAACAGCGCCCAGCUGGCCGCAUUGCCAACCAAUGUCUUGAACAUCGAUCCGUAUGCCAACUGGACGAGCUCCGGCUGGAAUGUGCGCUUCCACGGAAACGUCUACAAACAACCGAACACCUCCGUCUCCGACCUGAACAAGCUGGCAAAUGUCUUUCUCGGCAACACGAGCAUUGAGGACCUCCCGGAAUCCCAGCAGGUGCAGGCCCGCAAUCUGACGGCCGAGAUUUUUGUGGUGCAGCAGCCGCACGUUGCAGUGAAUACCAUCCAUCUCGAGCCUGCAUCGAGCCAAGGUGCCAGCGGACAGCCCGGUGGCGGCGGAUCCACGAACACCACCGGUGGCACGCAAGACCUCACUCUCCCUUACAACACCACUGUUGAAGGUGACUUUGAUGUCUUCGUGCCCAUCGACGGCAAUGGCCUGACGGCGGGAAACGAGACUUCGGAGAUUCAGAGACUGAAUACUUAUGUCAAGGGCGCAUCCAUUGGAAAUAGCACCGCCUACCUGGUACCUCCCAAGGGUAUCACCAUCGUGUCCGACAUUGACGAUAUUCUGCGCGUCACCAAGAUCUAUGAGCCGGAGCAGGGACUGCUUAAUUCGUUCGCUCGUCCAUUCACGCCCUGGGAGAACAUGCCGGACAUUUACCGCAAUUUGUCUAUCAACAUUCCGAACAUGCACUUCCACUACCUGACCACCACUCCCGAGCAGGUGACCAGAAACUAUAUGCAGUUCAUCUACACUCACUACCCGGGUGGCUCGUUCGACACCCGUCCCCUCAACUUUAGCGACGUCUCAGCCACCCUGUCGAUCCGCAAGUUCCUGUUACAGAAGGUCUUCGAAACCUUCCCCGAGCGCAAGUUCAUCCUGAUUGCCGACACCAGCAACAGCGAUGUCAUGCGCGACUACCCCGAGAUGGUCACCGACUUCCCCGGCCAAGUGCAGUGCAUCUGGCUCCGCAACACCUCCGCCACCGACUCCGGCGACAAGUUCCCGUACGACACAUCCGGAUUCAAGAACCUGAACCAGUCGCAGUACAUGUUCUUUCUGCACCCGAACGAUCUCACCAACCUGGACGUGGCCAACGGCCAAUGCUACAACCAGUCCAUUGCCCAGAACCUGACCUUUAGCUAUCAGGGACUCCCAUUUGGACUGGGAGAUGACCCGACCUCGAUCAACGGGUCUGCCAACGGUACGGAAGAGAGUGCGGCCAGCGGCCUCUCUACCAAGGGCGCCGCCGGAGCGCGGAGCCUGAUGGCGUUUGUGGCGGCCAUGUUCACGGCGACGUUCAUGCUUUUGUAGAUAAUAAUCAUGCGAGACGAAAUGUAAUGACGAAUGGUUUUAUUGUACAUCUAGCCACUCUGCAGAGCCUGGGAGUUGAUAACCCGGCUAGGCCACUUUUGUCAUUCUCGAGCUAGUUGUUCGGGGAUUGCUGGCUAAGUCCUUAAGGCGGGGUAACCCCAAGCCCUGGCUGGCUGCACGGGACCAGCCCGCUGCUACAGUACUAUAAAUAUCUAGAGCCUGGGGAGAGUGAUGUAAGCUUAGAACUGCGCUAUAGGUCAAUGAGUCCCCAAUUCGUUUUCCUUUUUUCAAGUUCACGGGAUCAAGAGAGUGCAGCUGGGAGAUUCAAAGCCAGGGAAUCAAAGCCGGGUCCGGACGAUCCGAAACUCGCACGUCGGAGGUGCUCUGGGUGCUCUGCUGGACCGGGAUUCCCAGAUGGGAAAGAGAGUGAGGAAUUGGUAACUUCUGAGUAGUGGUGAUAGGUAUGAUAUAUUUGGAC